AUGUGCGACAUUCCCUUCAUUCCCUUCUUCCCCAUCUGCUUCCAAUGCGGCACUGAUCAGAAUCCGUGUCAUUGCAAAGUCGUCGGUCCGACGCUAGGUGAUUUGUUGGCCGGCAUCUAUUUUCUGUGGUUGUGGGUGUACACAGACAGGACGAGAGUAUGUUUUUUAAUCGCAUCUCCUAUUUUCAAACGUGGGAAGGGAGCUAACGAGAAGCCAGUGUCUUGGGGUACCCCGUUAAACUGA